ACACUUUACUCGACUUUGAUGUUUAAAGUCUCUAGACGUGCAAUGAGAUACAUCCACACUGAAUCAAAAAGAGUCGAGUUUACUGGUAUGGAUAGCAUGAAGUGUGGUUGUCUGAUGAGGACUAACUACGGGCUGCCAUGUGCGUGUUUGAUUGCCAAGAAACUGCACCACAAUAGGCCUAUUAGACUCGAUGAGGUUUACAAACAUUGGAAGAUAAUUUGUUUCCAAGAUGAAGAAGUUGGUGGCGACGUCGAGGACGAUUAUGCGUGCACGGCAGAGUGGCAAGCAAUUCAGGAACGAUUGAGGACAGCUGAUGUAAGCAUGAAAAAUGAGAUCCGAGAUCAACUCCGCAAGAUUGCGUAUCCUACAACCACCGAUGUGGAGCCUCCGACCACAAAUGUAAAAUCAAAAGGGGCUAAAAAGAAAAAGGUGGUCCGUGGAACAACAUCCACCAGCAGAGAUAAGUCUCGAUGGGAGCAUGUUGAAGAAUAUUUCACGGAGACACAAGCGUCGCAAUCGUCAAAGCCGUCUCCGUCAAUUCCGUCCCACUCAAGGCCAUCAUCAUCACAACCUACCGCAUAAAACCCUAUGCCUACGGUGUCUGAAGCUCCGCUCACUGUGUCCAACCCAUUGCCACUAACCUCAUCAUCUCAAAUUUUUGGAAUUAACCACAUGCCAAAAUUCAUGCAUCCCUUCAUUGAAGAUAUCAUCAACGUGGACGGCGACGGCUAUUGUGGUUACCGUGCCGUUGCAUUGGCUCAGAGAGGCAACGAAGAUGAUUUUGAACUGAUACGGUGCAACAUGAGCAGGGAGUUGCGAUUGAAUAAGGAUAUGUAUGUUGCUAUAUUUGGUUGCGAGGAGCGUUACCAAUAUAUCUGUGAUGCACUACUCCCACCCCCGAGGACGAGACAACGUACUAGUAUUAGGAAUAGUGUUGCACCGAUGGAUAAAUGGUUCACGUUGCCGGAUAUGGGACAUAUCGUGGCCACCAUAUUGGAUAGAGUAGUUGUUCAGCUCUCCAUACUUCAAAACGGCCCUUGUGAAACUUUUUUCCCAUUGCGUUCCAUUCCGUCACCAAACCCGUCUUCAAGGGUUAUUUGCCUUGGCGCGUUACCGGAUCACUAUGUUUUGGUAAAGCUUAAAGUUGGGUGUCCGAUACCCAAA